AUGGUCGACAGGACUGGGAGCGACCACAUGGCCCAGAAUUCCAGCGCGAUUCCGGAACAAGGAGGCGGUGGUCCGGUGAAGACGACAUAUGGGACCAGCGGCUCUGGGGCGAAAAGCGAGAAACUGGAGGACGAGCUGAGGACCGCGUCAUUUCGAGAUAAAAUCAAGGCAACAUUGACUGCGACGCACUUUUCAUUACGAUCUUCGCCACUGGAGCUGCAUCGACGUUGCAGAGAUACGAUUGAGAAAUGCAGUGCUAGGCUACGUGACCGCCAGCGCAAAAUGGAUCGACUGCAGCUGCCGUUGCCUCUUCCGGACUCUGAUCGUAGCGCUGCAACACCGACAGCGACCCCACCAAGACCGGUCAAAAGGAACAAGCGCAAUGCUGGCUCUGCAAGUAAGCGCGGCGUGAGCUCACCAGGCGUUAAAUCACCGGCGUGGAUCUCACCAGCAACCUCAACACUAAGAUCCAAGCAAGUGGUGGACUCUACGCCGUCAACUCGUCUCCGUCAUGAUGCGGCGGCAGCGUCGCCAUUGAUGCACAAGAACUCCAAGGCGCUUUUCAGGGACUCGUUCACUGCAACAAUCUCAAGUCAGAAAGGAGAAAGUACCGCAACUCCCGUCAGCGAAAGUUCGCAAGUUAGCUGGACCGACAAGUCCACAGAUCCGUCGCCAGACAGAACGACGCUGUUAUCUCCGACGUGGUCACAGCGUCAGCAGGAUUUCAUGGCGGCGAUUGAAGACGAAGCUUGCAGCGACGCCUCGCCUAGCACUGAUCUUUGA